AUGCUGGAGACCUUCCUAAACUCCUCGGUGCCCGCCAACUACGGACAGCUGCAGGACUACACAACAUGGCACCGCCGAGACAGAACGCAUGGCACUUUUGGUGGUGUUGCCGUGUGCUUUAGGAAGUCUCUCUCUGUACAGGUGGUGGAAGUAGACAAACCAGAGCACCUGGAGCUCAUAUUUUUUAAGGUGUGGACACACAAUAAUGAAGCAGUGCUCCUUUGUGUGUGUUACCGCCCUCAGUGGCAGGGAAGUGAGCCUCUUCACUUUAUCCACACUAAUCUGGAUGCCCUACUGUACCAGCAAGCCUGCAAACACCUCAUCAUCAUUGGUGACCUCAAUCAGCACCUUGUGGCGAGGGCAUUUGAUGACUUGCUAACAGAUUUUGGGCUCACUAACCAUGUCGACUUAACCCAUAUUUCUGGCUCCUCAUUCGAUCCAGUAAUUACCGAUCUGCCAGAGGGAUUAGUCACCUGCCGCCCACUCGGUAUCCCUGGGUCAUCUGACCACGUGGCCAUCCUUACGACAGUGAAAGUGAGGCUGGACAGGGAUGAACCGACAACGCGCACCAACUGGCUUUGGCGGCGAGCUGACUGGGAGGCACUGAGAGCUGAGCUCAGCCAGACAAACUGGGAGGAUCGUCUCACUGGCACCCUUAACGAACAGGUGGAGGCCUUCACCAAUCACCUGCUGUCCCUUCAGUCAAAGUAUGUGCCCUGCCAGACAUAUAAAUCAAGACCAGGGGAUCAGCCAUGGUUUGGAUUUCGCUGUCGUGAGGCGGCGCACUUGAAGAGCAGGGCCUGGCGAAGACUGAGAGCAAGCAGCACCCAAGCCAACCGUGAGUCAUAUAAAGCUGCCUGCCGCAACAUGGCCAACGCGCAAAAAGCCGCCAUCCAAAGGUGGAAGACUGACCUGACUGCAAAGCUCUCAGGUCAGAAUGUUGGUAAGAAGGAGUGGUGGAGUAGCUUGAAGCAGCAGCAGGGCCUGGCCACGGAGUCCACCAUCCCCCCACUCACCACACCGAGCGGUGAGGUAGUGACGAGAGGGAGGGACAAAGCCAAGCUAUUUUCCGCCUACUUCUCCACCAAAAUGAGUGUUACCCACCCAAACAACACUCCGCCCAGGAUCCCAGUGCUAACAACUGCUGAGCUGGACAGCCUGCACAUCACCAUGGAGGAGGUGAUGGCCCUGCUCAGCAAGACCGACACGAAGAAGGCUCUGGGAUCAGACAACAUCAGCCCUCACAUACUCAGGCAAUGUGCAGCUGAGCUCGCCACUCCACUCACCCAGCACUACCGGGAAUACCUCACUUCCCAAACAUGGCCUGCACUCUGGAAGCAGGCCAGAGUGGUGCCUGUACACAAGAAGGGUAGCAGGGCGGAUCCUAAGAACUAG